UCCGCGGGGCUCCGCGGCGCCGGCACCAUGGCCACGGGGCGCAGGGGCUGGGACAGCUCCCACGAGGAAGACCUGCCCGUGUACCUGGCCAGGCCGGGCACCACCGACCAGGUCCCGCGGCAGAAGUACGGCGGCAUGUUCUGCAGCGUGGAGGGCGCCUUCGAGAGCAAGACGCUGGAUUUCGAUGCCCUGAGCGUGGGGCAGCGGGGCGCCAAGACGCCGCGGAGCAGCCAGGGCCGCGGCGCGGGCAGCCGGGCCGGGGACGAAGCGGAGACCGUGGCGCGCAGGGGCCAAGGCCGAGAGGAGAGCCGGGAGCCCGCGCCCGCGCCGCCCGCGCCCGCCGGGGUGGAGAUCCGGACUGCUACCGGCAAGGAAGUGUUGCAGAACCUGGGUCCCAAGGACCAGAGUGACCGUCUCCUCAUCAAGGGAGGCAGAAUCGUCAACGAUGACCAGUCCUUUUAUGCUGAUAUUUACAUGGAGGAUGGCUUGAUAAAGCAAAUUGGAGACAACCUGAUUGUCCCUGGAGGUGUGAAGACCAUAGAGGCCAAUGGGAAGAUGGUGAUUCCUGGAGGCAUUGAUGUGCACACUCAUUUCCAGAUGCCCUACAAGGGGAUGACCACAGUGGAUGACUUCUUCCAGGGCACAAAGGCUGCCCUCGCGGGUGGCACUACCAUGAUCAUUGAUCACGUGGUGCCCGAGCCUGAGUCCAGCCUGACCGAAGCCUAUGAGAAGUGGCGCGAGUGGGCUGACGGCAAGAGCUGCUGCGACUACGCCUUGCACGUGGACAUCACCCACUGGAAUGACAGCGUCAAGCAGGAAGUGCAGAGCCUCAUCAAGGACAAAGGAGUUAACUCCUUCAUGGUGUACAUGGCCUAUAAGGAUCUGUAUCAAGUGUCCAACACAGAGCUUUAUGAGAUCUUCACCUGCCUGGGAGAACUGGGAGCCAUUGCUCAAGUCCACGCUGAGAAUGGGGAUAUCAUUGCCCAGGAGCAAUCCCGGAUGUUGGAAAUGGGAAUAACGGGCCCAGAGGGCCAUGUGCUGAGUAGACCAGAGGAGCUGGAAGCCGAGGCUGUGUUCCGAGCCAUCACCAUCGCCAGCCAAACCAACUGUCCACUCUAUAUCACAAAAGUCAUGAGCAAGAGUGCAGCUGAUCUCAUCUCUCAAGCCAGGAAAAAAGGGAAUGUGGUCUUUGGCGAACCCAUCACUGCCAGCCUGGGAAUAGAUGGAACCCAUUACUGGAGCAAGAACUGGGCUAAAGCAGCUGCAUUUGUGACAUCCCCACCUCUGAGCCCUGACCCCACCACUCCUGACUACAUCAACUCCUUGCUAGCCAGUGGGGAUCUGCAGCUCUCUGGCAGUGCCCACUGCACCUUUAGCACUGCCCAGAAAGCCAUUGGGAAAGACAACUUCACAGCCAUCCCUGAGGGUACCAACGGGGUCGAGGAGCGAAUGUCUGUCAUCUGGGACAAGGCUGUGGCCACAGGGAAAAUGGAUGAAAACCAGUUUGUGGCUGUGACAAGCACAAAUGCUGCCAAGAUCUUUAACUUGUAUCCUCGCAAGGGCCGGAUAUCUGUGGGCUCUGACAGUGACCUGGUCAUCUGGGAUCCAGAUGCUGUGAAAAUCGUCUCUGCCAAGAACCACCAGUCGGCUGCAGAGUACAACAUCUUUGAAGGCAUGGAGCUGCGCGGGGCACCCUUGGUGGUCAUCUGCCAGGGCAAGAUCAUGAUGGAAGACGGCAAUCUGCAUGUUACCCAGGGAGCUGGCCGCUUCAUCCCCUGCAGCCCCUCCUCUGACUAUGUCUAUAAGCGCAUCAAAGCCAGGAGGAAGAUGGGAGACCUGCACGCAGUCCCAAGGGGCAUGUACGAUGGGCCGGUGUUUGAUCUGACCACCACCCCUAAAGGAGGGACCCCUGCGGGUUCUACCCGGGGCUCUCCCACUCGGCCGAAUCCACCUGUGAGGAAUUUGCAUCAGUCAGGAUUCAGCCUGUCAGGCACCCAAGUGGAUGAGGGCGUCCGCUCUGCCAGCAAGCGCAUUGUGGCGCCCCCUGGAGGCCGCUCUAAUAUCACAUCUCUGAGUUAAGCAACUCCUUCCCAAAGAGGAGGGGAGGAGCAGGUGCAAAGAAGCAAGAAGAGAUUGUUUUGAAGCCAAAAUGGUCCACACCAUUAUUUAAGAAGCAAAGUACAUCCAAACGGUUGUGAUCUAAAGAAUCAAGAAGCCUCAAGCCUUAUGUUUAUCCAUGUUACGCUUGCUUGCCUAGCUUUACCAAUAUUGCUUUGUUUUUCUGUUUAUGCAUAGCCUUGAUUUGUUUGACCCCUUUCCCCCACUGACAUGCAUGCAAUCAGACAGGCCACUAAGGUAAAGAGUCUGCUAUCCCAUAGUGUUGAGAGCGUGUGUAGUGCUACAUCAUAUGACAAAGGGACAGACAAAGCUGGGAUGUCAGGGACACGAUUAAAAGCCACACAGGUUAUUUGGGGUGAGUGGGUGGUGGGAGCUCCAAGCAAGGCAGAGGGUGAAGAAGGGCUGGGGUGGGGCUUGUAGGAGGGAGGUGGGUGGGCUGACUGAGCAGCAGUGUUGUGGGCAUUGUGUUGAGGACAUGUUAUUAAUUUCCAUGGAAGAUGGCUACUUGUGGCUGCCCUUGCUUAACAUGGGACCUCUGGGGUACCUCCAAGAAGACAGGUAGUCUUUGCAUUCUGGAACUUGUCUCACAUCCCUUCCUAGUAGAUUUCAUUUCUUUGAACGCUUUAUUGAUACACCAGAAUCCAGUCAUUUCUUCUACCUGCUUGAUGAGGCUGGUGUUGGCUUGGGCCUCUUUCCUGGCAUUGCUUUCAAAUCCUCUCCUUCCUGGGAUGGGAAGGGCAGACUGGGAGGGAGCCGGCGAUGCUAGUGUCUUCUUCCUCUUAGAAGGUGAUGACUGAGCGCAGCACAGGCCCCAGUGAGGAGGGACACAGAGGCUUUUAAUGCCUCCCUCUGAGGACAGGACAGGCUCUUCUGCAAACCCAGAAGCAGCUCAUGCUUCUGACAUCCUGAGUUGGGGCUUUAGCUCUGAUGGGACAUGGUGACGAAGGGGAGGAGAGAUCAACCAUGCUGAGUUUGAGAUUGAGGAAUGUCAAUGAUUGACUAUGAUGAUUUUUAAUUGAUUUCAUUAGGUGUUCCCUAUUUUUUUACUACUCAUGGGGAAUCUGCUGUUAGGAGAGUAAAACAGGGAUCUGGAAAAAAUCAGUCUGGAGCAGAGGGAACGUAUCCUGUAACUUCUGGUUCCAUCUUUUUCAAUCACAAGCCAUCUCUUUCCUCUUCCAUUAGCAGAUCCUUGAGAGUAACUUUUUGUUACAGUACUAAAGUCUCCUACACAAGUGGAGUUAUGGGAUAUAACCUUCCUUGUGGAGGAGGAACAGGAAAUCAGAAGGGGCCAUUUGCCAGAGUUCAUGUCCAUUUCCCUCUCAGACCUCUUGCCCAGCUUUGGAGCAAGGUCUGUGAAGAAGGCAAGAAUCUGUAAAAUCAAGACAUUCUCAUGUAGGAAAAAACAUGGAAUCAGAGCUCUGUGCCCUGGUGACCUAUGUGGUAGAACCAAUAACCCUGAGUCUAAGUACUUUGAAGAGAAGAGCAGGCCUCAAACACCUUUUAAGUACUUAGGAGAAACCAUUGUCUGACUGCAGGUUUUGAUUUUGUGUGUGUGUGUGUUUGUUUUUGUUUGUCGGUGCUGGGCAGUUGAACCCAGGGCCUAACACAUGCUAGGCAAACAUUACCACGGUGCUGCAACUCCAUCCCUAACUGCAGACUUUGUAAUAAGCUGAACACCAGAGAAACACUUGGCUGAAAAAGGAUUUGAAAAUAGCUAAGGAAGAGGAUUUCCCCUGGCAAAUUCCUUUCUGUUCUAAUCAUGAAGAAAUACUCUUAUCACCUUAUAAUAUGCAACUGUGCUAUUUUAAGGCUCUCGUGGUGCUUUUCUUUUAAAAGAAAACCUUAAGCAAAAAAGGGAAAGUGUAGCUUUAACUUACGAUUCAAAGAUAUGAGUCAGAAUGACUUUUCUAUAGAAAGGGAUUUUGCUAGAUGGGAAGCAUUUACACAUAUAUCUAAAUAUACCUCAGAAGCCAGGCUGGACUUUAGGGUUGGUUGUAAUACCAGCCAUGGCCACCAGAUGGAGGAAAAGACAUGUCAGUAAACUAGUCUGAGCAUCCACUUCAGCACCUGCUCUGCUGUCAGCCAGCCCUGAGCCCCACCCAUCCCUCCAGGUCUCUUUUAUGCCAUGGAAAUGAAUCUUCCUUCAAAAUGCAGCAUUCAACCUCAAGUGUAUAGUCUACAACCUUUCUAUGUAAGAACAAUUCUCUCUUGCCCUCUGGCUGAGCAACCGUUUUCAAAAGUCUCCCUUUCCUUACUUACCAAUAGUAAACAUUCAAGCAGAGAAUUUCCUGAGAAUCCCUAGAAAAUGGACUCGCUAUUUUCUUAACCAGGGAAAUAUUCUCCAUUUGUUCUGCCACAUAGACGAAUCAAAUAGCCCUUCAACAAUGGUCUGAGGGAAAGAAAAUGGCCCUGUGUCCUCAGUCCCCUCCAUGUUCACAGACAUCAUACUUAAGCAUGAGAGGGAGUAUGGGUAUGGGUCUCCCGCCCAUUUCUCAAGCCAGCUUUGCCAUCCUGUGUCUUGGCUUGACCCCUCUCUGAGGAUGACCUGCUCUUCUCCUACUUUCUUUCUUCUCCUACUACGCUCAGCUAGCAAUCUGUUGGGGCUCUGUUUGACAGGGCCAUGAGCUUAGGCAUUUGGGGAGGUCUCUGUAGAACUAUUGAAUCAACCAUUCCAGUAGAGAUAUUUCUUUUACUUCUAGGUUCUCUAAAGCCAGUGGGAUGAUUCAUCCCUCAAAUGGCUUUGUUCCAAAGUUCAAUCAUCUUUCAGUCUUUUUCUUCUUGACCAUUCUGACAGUCAUUUUGAAUCCUAAGCCUGGACUCCAUUUUGCUCACCAUGAGAAGUCCCUUCCUACAAGUGGAUGGUUCCCAAUCUUGGUUCUUGCCCCAACACCCCAGGCCCUUCCCCCAUGAAUACACCCCAGCUUGAGUCCCAGAUGCACUUCUGGCUGGCCCAGGCCAUCCUGGGCAGCCCGGAUUCCUUGUAAUUCCCCCUUUGCGACAUGGUGUGUGGGUGUUCAGUUCUGUGACUGGUGGAUAUGGACAGACAGUAAACCGCCCUGUGAUCUGUGCUAGCUGUGAGGUAGCUCUGUCUGAAGAGCUGUUUGGUUUGAACCGUGAAGAAAACUGUGUAUUGAGUUAGCUGAACUUAAAGAAAAAAAGUUCAUCAAGUGACUGUUAAUGUAAACCUGGUUAUUAAAAUGACUAUAAAAUUA